GCUUUGGUCAAAUAAAUCUUAUGGCCCAAACAGAAGUAUUGUAAGAAAAAUUGGCUCCAACCUUUCUCUGAUACAAUGCCCAAGGGUUCAAUUUCAGAAGGCAUUCAAUCUAACCAACUAAAAGAAGACGCAGUAGUCUCCCUUGUAGAUGUGGGAUGGGUUGCUGAAGAUGAUGAUGAAGGAGAUGAAGUCUUUACACGGUUCCGAUCAGAAGGCUGGCCAAAAUCCCAACCAUUCCUUAAAAGUGAAGGCUACUCAGGGAGAGACUCAAGUACGGAAGAAUUGUUGCCCAAGAAAUCUCAAGAAAAGGAAGACUCCAAAACUGCAGUAGCCACAAACGAUGAAGCGUUGCAGAAAAUAAAUGCAUUGGAAAAUGAGCUUGCUAAUUUAAGAGCACAAAUAGCCAAAAUUGUAAGCCUACAAGAACAGAAUUUGGCAGCAGCUGGAGUAAGUUCUCCUGCAUCCCUUUCUGUCCCGCCGCCACCACCGCCACCCCCCCUGCCUCCACCACCACCACCACUCCAGCAAAGUAUAUCUGCCAUUGACCUUAUUAAAGAACGCAAAGGAAAAAGAAUAAAUUCUGGCAAGACUUUGAUAGAUAGUGAUCCAAAGAAGCUUGAAAUGCCAAAUAUGCUAGAUAUCCUCAAAGACAUGAACAAUGUAAAGCUGCGCUCAGUGAAAAGACCAGAUGAAAGCACAGUAAGGAAAAUUGCUGACCCAACAGAUCCUGCUGCACUAAUAGCUGAAGCUCUUAAAAAGAAAUUUGCUUAUCGAUACCGUAGCGACAGUACAAGUGAAACUGAUACACAGAUUUCAGCUUCUGAAACAAAGCUGUUUGGGCCACACUUGCUGAAGCCCACAGGAAAAAUGAAGAAUCUGAUUGAAAAUUGUUAAGCAGAAAAAUCAUGCUUCACUACAAAAGGACUGUCUCAACUGUUUUGAGAAUUAGUUUUACAAUUUUAGAAUCCUAAGUUAUGUGCUUUGCUUCCAUGAAUGACAGUUUAAACGUGAAAAGUCUACUGUGUUCUAGCACAAGUUUUAGUAUUCAUGUGCAUACAGUGUUGGGUUAACAUUACGUUAUAAAUGUCACUCUUAAACCUGUGUGAAUGUAAUGAUAGUUUAAAUUAUAGCUCCAGUGUAAUAAUUGGAAUACUGUUAGGAUAUAUUUAGCCUGUAUUGACAUCUCAUUUUGAACUUGAAAUACAGAUUUCACUGGAGGCAUUUUACUUUUCUUCAUGUAUGGUGAAGGAGACAAGGCUUAAGAAUGUUAUUACUCAGCAAAACUGGCCAAAUUAGUACUCAGUAGAGCAUCUUUUUUUGCUUUAAAACAAAUGCUGUAUUGGAAGUAUGUUUAUAGGCAAGAAACUAGCCAAAGCUUGAACUGUAUUUUUACAUAGGAUGAAACACUAUAAUUGUGACUUCCUUCUAGGAGUAAUGUGCAUAUAAUGAGCAUAUCAGUAGUUACCAAUGAAGUUUAAUAUCUAAUUAGCUUUGUUGACCUCCCUAACAAACCUUCAAAUGAAGACAAUUCCAGGGGUUACUUUCUCUCAUGAGAUGUGUAUUUGUAACUUGCAGUUGGAGUAGUACUGACAUUUACCUGGCUUACUCACCAAUUCCUAUUGAACUGAACUGCAGAUAAUAAACAAGUGCCAAAUAAGUCAGAAAACAAUUUGAUGUUGGAAAAAAAAAACCUAAUUGCAGACCAAGUUUCCUGCUGGGUAAAAAUACUUCACUUGAACAGAGUAUUUUGUCAAUAUUUUGUCAUCUUGGGUAGUAUUUGCAAAUUGCUGAAUGAUUCAAAGUGUAACAUGGAAAAGUGGUUUAUCUGUGUGGGUAUUAAGAGCACAUUUAACCUAAAUAUUAUUAAAUGCUUAAAAGCUUUCAUUUUGAAAUUUGUUCAGAUAUGAAAAUGUUUUUAAUCUGGUCAUGUAAAAUUGCUCCCAGAUACUUUAAUGUUUAAUAGAUACACCAGUAUUUUUAAUCUUUUCCACCACUGUUCAAAAUUAAAAAAAUGGCAUGUUGCAUAUUAUAUUAGUGGUCAUUUUUUGAUCCUUAUGAACAAAGAGUAUAGCACAAUGGAACCUAGGAAGAUCUGAAGCAAAUGAAAUCUGAACAAAACUCAUGGAUUAAAAGGACUGGAUCAAUUUAAAAACACAACUUGAAACUGAUGAGUCCUGAAUCAGAUUUUCUUUAGAAUAGAAAAGGUUUUUUUUAUAAGUAGGGGAUAUGCAAAAUAUUUUAACCUUGGAACAGCUGUUUCAAAUGUUCCAACCAUUCUAAAUGACAAAUUGAGGCUGAUUAUGAUUUGUGAAUGAAAUAUAUUUUCAAACUGUUCAGCCUGAUAUGUACAAUAGCAGAGAUGAAUCGUGCCCCUGCUAAUAAGGGUUUAGACAAAAUGGAAUGAUAUUGGAGCAGACCAGUGGGAGGAAGGUGGCAGUUAAGCAUAUGAUCAGACAAGACUGCUUUCAACUGCAUAGUAAUGAAUUACUGCUGCUGGUUUGUGCUGUUCUUUAAACCUCUGCAAAAGAACUUAUUCAAGUAUGUAAAUGGUUGGAUUUUAUGUGUUGUGCUGUACCCUGUAGGCAAGUAAUUGUAUGUGUGAGCUUGCAUUAGAAUGAUGGCUGUUAGUGCUGCUGAAAGUAUGUAAAUAUAAAGAUUCCUAGUACAA